CACGAUAAAACCGCCAAAAAGGAAAAAAAACAGCUUCGAUUCUCCGGCGAUCUCCUCGUUCUCUCUCCGUGGCAAUGAGCUCUCUUAUGGCAUCACCGGCGAUGAGAAAGCUUGGCCCUUGCUUCAUCUCCUCCACGCCGGCGAUUGGGUCCGCGAUGAUCUCUAUGCCGCUUUUGAUGUUGCAAUCACGGAAUGCCAGCACGAAGGCCUCGCCCAGCGUUGUUGAAAGUGGUAAUGAAUCGGAUGAGAAGUUACAAGCGGCCGAUGGAUCUAGGAAGGACGAUAAGGGCAUUGCUAGCUAUUGGGGUGUUUCUACGCCGAAGAUCAAGAACGCCGAUGGUACUGAAUGGAAAUGGUCAUGCUUUAAGCCUGGAGAUACAUAUUCGUCGAAUUUGUCGAUUGAUCUGAAGAAACAUCAUGUGCCGAUUACUUGGGGAGACAAGCUAGCGCUGUGGACUGUGAAAUCGCUGCGCCUUCCCACUGAUAUCUUCUUCAAGAAGAGGUAUGGAUGCCGUGCCAUGAUGCUAGAGACGGUUGCAGCCGUACCAGGCAUGGUGGGCGGCUUGCUUCUCCACUGCAAAUCCCUGCGCAGGUUUGAGCAAAGUGGAGGGUGGAUCCGGGCACUGUUGGAAGAGGCUGAGAAUGAGAGAAUGCAUCUCAUGACCUUCAUGGAGGUAUCUCAGCCCAAGUGGUACGAGCGUGCCUUGGUCUUUGCCGUUCAAGGGCUCUUCUUUAAUGCAUACUUCAUAGCUUACCUUGCUUCUCCCAAGCUGGCACAUAGAAUGGUUGGUUAUCUUGAAGAGGAGGCCAUUUACUCUUAUACUCAGUUCUUGAAGGAGUUGGAUCAGGGCAACAUUGAGAAUGCACCAGCUCCUGCCAUCGCUAUUGAUUACUGGCGCUUGUCCCCUAAUGCUACGCUGCGUGAUGUCGUUAUGGUUGUUAGGGCUGAUGAAGCUCACCACCGUGAUGUCAACCAUUUUGCUUCGGACAUACAUGCUCAAGGGCAUCAGCUGAGGGAGCUUCCUGCACCUGUUGGCUACCACUGAUUUGCUCUUUUCAUUUUCAUUUACCUCAAGCUUUGGCACUACUACUGCGUCACCAUUCUUAUUUCCUUGGAUUGAAUAAAAGAUGUUAAUAAGAACGAAAGCUAUUGGCAUGAUGUGUGUUUGUAUUCAAUCUAUUCAACAACUUUGUAUAAAGAUCUAAAAACCACUAUAUAUAUUCUGCUACUUUUUCAUGUUGUGAAUUCCUGACAAUACUUAAUGAGCUGUUGGUGUCUUGUAGUUUCAA